CUCUACUAACCAACCACUCUCCAUGCAACUUGUUGAAUUGUUUCAACCUAACAAACUACAUUACAUUCACUCUACUCAUUCAAACAUUGCCCUGUUAGAAAAAAAAAAUGAUAUUCUUGAAAAUGAGAAUGAAAUACUUAAAAGCGAAAAUGAAAUACUAAAAACUCAAUUUGCAGCAAUAAAAGGUGAGUUGGAAGCUUAUAAAAAUCCGAGAACAUGUUCUCUAAGAACAGCCCUCAAGUAUCCAAUUUCUCGAACUUUUAAAUCUGAAAUACCGAAAGCUACUCUAGAUCAACAGGAAUCUGAAUUGCAAGAGGGACGACAAAAAGAAGAAAAAGCACGACAAAAAGAAAGCAGGGGUGCGGCUAAAGGAAGAAAAGGAAAG